AUGAAAAAAGAAGAGAAGAGGAAGGAAGCAGAGAAAAGAGACGACAACCAGGAAAUAGAAGAGGACCUGCUGGCCAUCAAGGUCGCGUCGCCCGAGAAGGACAACGAGAGCGCCGCCCCGUCGGUUAGCAGCAGAGUCGUUUCGGCAGAGAUCUUCCCCCCGGCCAACGAGUUCCCCCCGAGGACCCCCACCACCACCACAGCUGUCUCGGUCAGCAGCAGCCAGACGUCGUCGACCUCGGCCUCGACGUCUGCUGUCAGAUUCUCCUUCUUUAACCCUUUCCCCCCUGCGAGUGAGUUCCCUCCGCCAACGCUGAGAGUGGCUCCUCCUCCCCCUGCUACUCCUGAGCUUGCUCCUGCUGCUUCUGCUGCUGCUUCUGUUCCUACUGCUGCUGCGGUAGUAGAGGAACCAGCCGCUGGCCUGAGCGCUGCAGCCGCGGCGAGCGCGUUCCCGCCCGCGAGUGACUUCCCUCCGUCGUCAUCCGGUGCCGCCGCCAGGAGGUCACCCCGGAAUGAGAUCCCUUUGACUGUCAGGAUCCCACCUCCAAAUGAGUUGGUCCCCCCCCUAAAAACCUCUCCCUUGAGAACUCCCCCUGCUGCCAACGAAGUCAGUGUGGUCAAAAUCUCUGCCUGGAACACUCCCAAGCUCCAGAGAGCGCGUUUCGGUCGUCCAACUUAA